AUGUCGAAAAUGAUGGAGAGCAGCCUUAAGGCUAUAAAAGACCUGGGCCUUAACUGGACGCCAGCUCAGAAGGAAGCCUACCUAUCCAAGAUCAAAGUAGUAUAUCUCCCGAGAUUGAAAGACCCAUAUCCAGAAAACGACUUUUACGUAGCUGGCACCCCGAAAGCGAAAGAACAAUGGGACGAUUAUUGGGCCGAUAAAUUUCCUCCUACCGUAAGGAAACCCUAUACGAUACGAAGGGAAACUUUAGAUAUGGAUAUUUCGCGCUUUAAGUAUAUCGUAAAGCAGGAUGAGAGUAUUAUAGUCCGCGAUGCUGAUACUAAAGAGCUUGUCUUCGUCGCUAUCCGUGACCUCAUACCCGACGACGAGGUGAAGCAUACUAUGACUACUUUAUGUAAGGAGAUUACUAGGUUUCGCCAGAAUGAUAAGCGCAACGACGCGGGACAACUUGUCCAUUUCGGAUACACGUGUGGUUCGCGCGAUCAUCCCUGCGUUAGGUUGGCUGCGCCGUUAGCGGCGAUAGAUACAAUGGAUAAGGUGAAAAAGGAGGUAGAUAUAAAUAUGAGAACGCAAGGAAUGGCGGGAAUUAUUUGGAAUUUAAUGAAGUGUAAACUCCCGGCCGAAAUCAUCGACGACUAUAACAAUACGAUCAAGAAGUAUGAUUACCCCCGAAUGGAUAUGCAAAGGAAGGAUAACGACUUUCAUUUCAAAGUUGGAGACGAAGUGGUAACAUUCGAGACGGGUAAAAAUGGUUUGCGGUUACCGCCUCCUUCGGGGAUGUCUGCUAUCAACUAUGCGCGAUACACCCACAACGAAUCUAACGGCAAUGCUUGGAUUGUCGCUUGUACGUGCAAAGCCCCCCAAGACUGGACUAAGGGCGGUAAUUUCUACCUAGCGUCUUAUGGGAUCAUGUUACAGCCUCGGGAUAACACCGCGACCGCCUGGAGGCCAGGCGAUUAUCAUGAUGCCAUUUUGUACGAGAUGAAGCAAGGGCCGGAACGUCGAACAGGAUUCGAGCGCCGUGCUGACGGAGCCAUACACACCGGGAUGAUAUUUGAGAUUUCGGCCUUCUUUAAAACGGCUCGCAGGAGAACACCGUGGCUCGACGCUUGGAAAAAGGAGAAGGUAGCGUAUGAGACUCCGUCUGUAGAAGCACAAACGCCUCCGACAGAGGCAAAAACAGAAGACGAUGCAGCAAAUAACUCAAAGAACAAGAACACCAAAAAGCCCGUCAAAAGAGCGAUGUCGUCUUUGGAGGGGCAAAGUAAGGAUAGCGAAGACAAUGAAGAGGGCAGAGGUAGCACAAGCAUCAACACUACUGAUGAUACUGAGGAUCCUGACGAUUCCUAUAGUUCCUACGACUCUAGUGAUUCUAGCGACUCCGAGCAUUAG